UGAUCAGUCAGGAUCAAGUCAGGAUUCAGGAGCAGGAGCAAGAGUAUUUUAAUCUUAUAUUAGAGUUUGAGUAGUUCGAAAGUUACAGCACAGUGAGAACAGUGAGAAUUCCAUAGCGCUUUGUUUAAAUAUUUGCUAAAUUUCGUCUUAAACAGCCAUGGAAUAAUACUAUUAGCAGAUUAUUCUCAUUUCACAUAUUUAUUUUUAAAACAUCGCUCUGAGAGAAACGUUACUUGUUUGUACACAAAAAAGAGAAUCGGGAGAAUGGGGAAUUAUAUGGAUAAAUUCUUCCCUCAUAAGAAUGAAAUUAAUAACGGUAAUGAAAGCGAAAAGGAAGAGAUAAGAGAUUCCGUUACAGAUGGAAUAAUGGAAAAUGAUUGUAUGCAUACUCCGCCUAUAAUCCAGAGAGUUGUACCUGCAGAUCCUAGAUCAGCAACAAGUGGCAUAACUAGAACGCCAAUAGAGGUGAUUUACGAUACUCCAGUAUUCAAUAAAAGAUUAACGGCAGUUCCUAAGUAUUUGCAGAGAAAACCAUAUCUGGAAACAGAUAUAGACAGCAUAAUGUGUCUAACACCGAGAAAACGUUCUCCACGGACAUUGAUAGAGACUAAAAAAUUACAAAUAUCUAAUUUGGAAGAUAAAUAUAAUGAAUCGCUUUUAAAACCAGUAGCUGAUAAUAUGAUUAAAAAGGAGCUGAUAACAGAGAUACAAAAGGAACGUUAUGAUAUCUUAGGGCUUGAUCCUAGAUCUCCAGCAGUAGAUUUUGAUAGAACUCCACUUUUAAAGCCGAGAUCUUUAGAACGUUUAAAAGCGAGAUCUCAAGAGACGUUGCAGAGGCAAGGAAGUUACGAAGCAGACCAAUUAUAUCCGUCAUACUCGUACUGUGAGAUGUCAUCUCAAUUUGACGUGACAGAAGUACAAGCUCUGCCUGAUUUAGCAUCAUGUGUAUUGAAGUCUUUAAAUUUAAACACAAUCAUUGAUAAGUCCAAUGAGCUUGAGUCCGAGGGCUCUAGUCAGCCAACUAGAUCCGAAAGUCUUUUGGAGAGUGGUAAGAAAAUCAUUGUUCUUGACGCAUUCCUAUUAUUAAAAUUGUUAUUUGUACAACGAACGUUUACAUUAGAAAAAAGAGAAUCCGGAGGUCGAGAGAUCCAGACUUUAGAGGCAGACACUUGCGUUGAUAAAGACGUACAAAAGGAGACACUCGAGGAAGAAAAAUGUGGCGAUGAUAAUAUUUUUAUUAAAGUAUGGAGAGAUUCAUUGGUGUCGGACAAAUCACAGAAAUUGGAGACAGAUGACGUAGAAAUUGUUCAAGCGAAAGAACCACAAGUGGCCGAGGAAGAAGUGAUAAUAUUCGAUAAGAACAAUAGUGCCAAAGAUAAAUUGUUCGUAAAGCCAGCCAAAAAUGAUAAAUUGAAAGUGGAUGUAAUUGGAAAGAAAAAAAGAGGAACAGAGGCCUUAAGUGAGAAAAAGAUUUUCGCUGAUAAAAAUAGCAAUGGAUCUACAACAGCGGCAAGGACUCCCCUUGGGAACCGUUCAAAUGCACAUAAACAAAUGCAAAUGGUGAGAAACUCUCAACAAACAUUUAGGAGUAAAGGUGUCAAACCGAAAAUGCUUCAAGAGAACACGCCGCCGCACAUAAGAUCUGUGACGAAGUCGAAAGCCAUACAGUGGGAUCCGAAUUCAUCAGUUAUUAUUUAGACUCAUUAAUGUUGAUUAGGGAAAAUUUAGUUACAAUUUAUUACGGAUGUUUUAAGGAAAAAGAUUUCAAAUCAUUUUAACCGUGAAUCAUUGACAGUUAAACAGUUACAUUUUAUUUAUUUAAUGAAAAAUAAACGUCCUCUGUAUUAUAGGUCUUAAUGCAAUAAUCAUUAAUUAUCUUUGUCGUUAGUUUGCAUAACUGCUCGUAUUUGGGAUUUAGCCUCUUUGAUCGAUAGUCGAAGAUUCUCACUUGGUUGUAUUAAUCGUGAAACACUAAACAAUGAAUAAUAAUAAAUUGCUACAAGUCUUUUUAAAA